AUGAUCAGCUGUCGUAAUGAGAGUGCAGAAAAUAAUGAGCAUAAAAUUGGAUUGGGGACAUCUGAAGCAAGCAAUGAAGCCAAACCCAGCGAAAGAGCAUGGUUAUUGGUGGCUUUUGAAAGUGUACUCUAUGGAUUGUAUCGAGUCUGGGAGGGUGCACUUGACGUAUAUCCGCUCAGGGCAUGGCGAGCCUAUGCGGCCAGAGCACCGUGGCAGUGUGCCGUCGUAACACUAUCCACCUGGCUCAUACUACAAAUCAGCGCUGCAUAUGUACAAUUCGGCGUUGUUUUCUUCAUAUUUUCACUGUUCAUUGCGAUGGUGUUGAAUCUGGGCGAGAGGAAAGCGAAUGAGCCAUCUGCUUAUUCGGUAUUCAAUCCGCAUUGUGAACGACUGCCCGGUCAGCUGACUGCCGAGCAUUUUGAGCGGGAUAUUCUGAUGAGGAAUAGACGAAUCUCAUAG